CACCUCCUUCUUAUCCAUCAUCCAAACGCCCCUCCAUCAGGUAAUUCUUUAUCGAAGCCUUCAUCCCAUCCGCACAGGUAUUUGGGUGUUAAUCCACCAUCUCAAUAUUGAAUGUAUAUCUUGUCUCACAGCAUUAGGGUUCUGAGUUUCGAUCUCACUCGAUCGGUACGAACUGAGAUUUGGAUGCGGAGGGCGUCAACAUCCUGUGAGUGAGGGUUUGCAUUUCGGAAUUUAGGUUUGUUUGAUUCUCGCAAUUCAUUUCCUGCUGGAGAUUUGCGUCGAUCUGUUCCGCCAUGGAUUCCUCAGUUCAUCCAGCCUCAAUGGCGGCGUCGAGUAACAGAGAAGCUGCAGUUUCUGCAGCAGCCGCGUUGGCGGCUGCAGAGGACGAUUUUAAGCUCUCCGGACUUGUCAAGGAGUCCGCCAUCCUAUUUCAUUCUGGAAAGUUCAAGGAAUGCAUCAGAGUUUUGAAUCAGCUCUUGCAGAAGAAAGAAGGCAAUCCCAAGGUUCUGCAUAACAUAGUCAUUGCAGAGAACUCUCAAGAUGGGUGUACUAAUCCCAAGAAACUUGUUGAUGAACUUAAAAAUUUCAAGAUGAGGCGAGCAAAUCUUGUUGCUACACCUGGAAACCGUGUGGAGGCCUCUACCAGUACUGCUACCAGUAAAGCUGAGGCUGCAAGUACAGGAAAUAAUAGCUCCCUUAAUCAUGAUUCUAGCCUACGUAGUUCUCAAGCUAUUUUUACUGAAGAAUCUAACAUCUCAAUAACGUUGUACAACCUGGCAGUUUCAUGGUUUCAUCUGCAUGAAUAUGCAAGAGCUUUCUCAAUUUUGGAUGCUUUAUUUCAGAAUAUUCAACUAAUAGAUGAGGAUACAGCAAAACAUAUCUGUCUUUUGUUUUUGGAUGUUGCAUUACUUUCUCAUAAUGCAAAGCGAUCUAUGGAUGUGAUUGGCUAUGUGGAGAAGGUCUUUUGUAACAGCAGCACGAUGAAUCAACCUGUUGGUGGGAACUCCGCACAUGUCUCAAACGUUGUGUCAAAACCUGUAUCUGGAUCCAAUCAUUCAACCAUUUCUGAUGCAAAUAAUCCUCAUGAUCCCACCGUUACACCAAAGAAUUCUGAAAGCUCCUUGGCCGUAUCUUUAUCCGAGGAGGUUAUUGAUGAUGACAGUCACGACACACUACAUUUAAUAUCAUCCAUCGAGAUGAAUGGACAGAACCCACCGGCAAGACAGCCUUCAAAAGACCUUCUAAAGAACCAAACCGACGAGUCAAUCUCAGUAAUGGAUAUGCGAAUGAAGCUUCACCUUUGCAAGGUUCGCUUUCUCAUCCUGACUAGGAACCUCAAGGCUGCUAAGCGUGAAGCUAAGAUGGCCAUGGUCAAAGAUAACCCGAUGGCUCUUUAUCUGAAGUCCCAACUGGAAUACGCCCGCGGAAAUCAUAAGAAAGCAAUUAGAUUGCUUACUCGUACCGAAACUGGAAUCUCCAGCAUGUACUACAACAACCUUGGCUGUAUCUUUUACCGCCUUGGCAAACCCCAUAUCUCUGGUAUGUUUUUCACGAAGGCUAUGAGUAGCAGUUCAUCUCUACGUAAAGAGAAGCCCUUAAAUCUUUCAUCCUUCUCUCGGGACAAGUCUAUCCUGAUAAUGUAUAACUGUGGUGUGCAGUACUUGGCUUGUGGGAAACCGGUACUGGCAGCACGGUGUUUUUACAAGUCUAGCCCCAUGUUCUACAACAAGCCUCUCCUUUGGCUGCGUUUGGCUGAAUGUUGUCUAAUGGCACUUGAAAAGGGACUCCUGAAGCCCACUACCUCCUCUGACAAAUCUGGAUUUGAAGUGCACGUGGUUGGCAAGGGAAAGUGGAGGCAUCUUGUUAUUAAAAAUGGGAAUACAGUUGGGGAGGAAGAGUUGGUGGUUGGCUGCGGUCAACCUAACCUCAGUAUGACUUUCGCACGGGCGUGUCUUUUAAACGCGUUGCAUUUGUUGAACAGUCCAGAACCGCUUAUUGACGAGGAAAACGAACCGAGAGAAACCCAGGCUGCAUCCAAUGUGGCAACCGGGGAGCCAAGUGAGCAAAAGGGCGUGAGUGGUCAAAAUGCCUCCCCCUCCCCUCUCCUGAACUCCUUGUCAGAUUAUGAGGAAAUAUGUAAGAAAGAGAAGCAGAUGAUUGAGAAAGCUAUCUUGGUGGAUCUCUCUUAUGUGGAGCUUGAAUUGGGAAACCCACUAGAAGCUCUAUCCAGCGCAAGAUCUCUACUGAAACACACCGAAAGUUUUUCUUCAAAGAUACAUAAUUUUUUGGGCAACGUCUAUGCGGCCGAAGCUCUAUGCCUGCUAAGCCGCCCAAAAGAAGCCGCGGAGCACUUGUCGGUGUAUCUUUCCAAGGGCAAUGGGGUCAGGAAGCCGUUUGAUCAGGAGGACGUGGAAGCAUGGAGAGUGGAGAAGUUGGUUGAUUCCGAGGAUCAUUCACCGGCAACUGAAACUCAGAGUCCCGUGUUCCUCAACCCUGAAGAGGCCCGCGGGGUCCUAUACACCAACUUGGCUGCCAUGUCAGCAGUGCAAGGAGAUUUCGAGCUGGCCCGGGAAUACGCCAAGGCUGCACUGUCAAUCAUGCCUCGCAGCACCAAGGCAAACCUCAUCGCGAUAUAUGUGGAGCUUUUGGGUGGCAACAUGGAAGAAGCACUGGUCAAGUUGAGACAGUGUAGGUCGGCUAGGUUCGUUCAGGAUGGCUUUCCCCUGAAUGGUUCUUCUUCUUCUUCUUCUCUAUGACUUCGGUCGUAUCAUUCAGUGGGACCCACCAGUCCCGUCCCCCCGGGGGGUUAGAAAGGUAGUAGCCGCGUCUGAUGAAGAUCAAUCCCAAUACAGGUGAUUUGUACCAUAUAUAGUUUUCAUCAUCUCAUGAAUAAGUUUUUUCUCAUGUGUAUCCGCAAAAUUUCAUAUUCAGUUGUAGGUUUGUUUUGUGGGGUUGGGUGCCCUACAAGAAGAGAUCAGAUAUGUAGUGGUUUUAUUUCUAGAGACCUGUGAUUUCUAGAGGGUCCAAUUCCUAGCUUUAUGCUUUUUUUACAAGAGGUAGUAUAGACAAUAGAGUUGUGCUCUCCAGAAAUGAUGAAUUCAAAGAAAUUUUCAUUGUUUGC